AUGCAUGAGGUGGCCUCAAAGCAAUUGGGCAUGGUGUCUAUCACGAUCACCUCAUACCCUAAGAACAUGACGCAAAAUGGGAUGAUCUUUCAUGACUACAACGAUGAGCUCUCAUCGGAAGGGGUGGUGGUCGAGAACUUUGUGAGGUACAACCAUGAGGCGGCGCUGGCAAUGGCUGCUGCCGCAGGCGAGUUCUUCAAGUACGUGCGUCAGGCGAGAGAAGGAACGCUAUCACCCAAGAGUGCUCAUGGCAAAGGUGGCUUUCUCUGGAUGGAACGGGGUGUUGGUGGCAUCCCGAUAUUGCCACCGCCAAUUAGAGGGAAUGCUGGCGUCAAACUCAAAAUCACCCAGCGGCAGAUUUUGCGACAAUUUUUCCAAGAUCAUUACCGAUUAGCAAGUGGGAAUCCCAGUGCUCAUCCCCUCUGGGAGCAGAUGAGAAUCCAUGGCGACAAAUUCUACGCGGCGGCGAUGGUGCCAGCUGACUACUUGCAUAGCCCUGGCGUCCGCCAUGAUUUCCUGUUCAGCAACCCCACUCGAAUGCCAGGAGCGCUAGUUGGUGAACUCAUUGACCAUCUCAGAGGCAGACAAGCAGCAGAGGGAGAGCUGAGUUUUAUGUUCACGCAUACACUGUCAGAAGGCAAGUUUGUUUUGGCAACUUAUCUGGAAGGGUGUAGGGAGGCAUGUCAGAAGGCUCAGGAAUUUGGCAGUUAUUCCUAUCAGCGGGAGGAUGUUGUGGCCGGCGAUAUGGAUAUGGAGGUUGAUGGACCGGAAGAGGAGGUGCAUGUGGACGGCGUGCCUCCACCUCAGCCUGCUGCUGAUACUUCAGGUCCAUCUCCUGAGCCAAUCACACCGCAUCAGGAAGGCAAUGGAUUGCGAGGCCAGAGCAAGGAUGCAGCUGGGACUGGUGCCCGAGCGGCGGCACCUCGGGUGGCGACCUCUGGAGCACCUCAGCAGCCACAGACCCUUGAUCCCCAGCUUGCUGAAGUCUCACCAGCGCCGUCAAUCAUUUCCCCCACACACUCCUGCCAACCAGGCUCCAGCUCCAUCACACAGCCACUGUACUCUCAUCACCCUCAACAUCAGACGCAAGGCUUUGUUUUUGGUCUGCCAGGUGGCGCAGCAUUUGGGUCAGACACUAAAUGCGCCUACCCAUACAACAUUCCUGGCCAUGCCAACUACGAUCCAGCCCCAGGCUAUGGACCACACAAUGGAUUUCUGCCUCCAGCACAGCCACCUGUUAAGUGGGGGCCUUCCUCCACACCAGUGCCUGAGGUAUACCCAGCACCAGGGGCGGCGGUGCUGCUUAAUGGCAUGUCUGCCAUGAGUCAGCAAGGGUCUCCACUGUCCGCCCAAAUUAACGCAAUGGCACCGUCUGCUAUUGCACAAACCAUUGGCACAGUCCUGCAGCCCCAAUCUAUUCUGCACAACACAGCAGGAGGGGAGAUGCUCCCGGCCUGCAUAUUCCUGCCACCUUCACCGCUGCUGCCACCGCCAUCCUUCAUCAUCGACUUUGAGUCUCAGUUAGGCAAGCACAGGCGGAUUUCAACUCCAGGGAUUUCCAUAAGGUUAAAUAGCCGUGCGGGAAAUCCGCAGGUUCGUCCAACCCCUGUGAUGGGGGGGAGUGCAGCAGGACACCAUGUUAUUCCUGAUACAGACAGUUUCUUCCUGCAUUGGCGCUCGGCAAUGCUGCAAUCACAGGCGGCAUUGUCCGAUGCCCCAUUGCCAGUCAUCAGGACCCCUCGGAUAAAAAACACGACUACUCCUGCAGUCAGUACUCACAUCACCCGUUCUGCCGCCGCUUCGUCCAUGAACCUUUGCACCACCAGAGUUGCUCAAAAAGGAAAGAAGAAAAGGUAA